UCCGGGCUCUUGCAGCCGAUAGAGAGAGGACCUUGAUCUCGUGUAAAUGUCGUUACCCACGUGAGUGGGUUAGGGUUAGAGAAAUUCGUGAUUUAGUGGGGUAGAGAAUUAACGGCGAGUGUUGUGCACCGGUCCCCUUAGAUUUAUUGUGCACAUAGCUGCCGUAUCUCCAACGGCCUGUUAAAAUGAUUGUGGACGACGUUCAGUUUGUCAGUAUUCUUGAAGGAAAACGAGUCAAAUUAACCCUCAAGACUGAAUCGUACGUUGGUGUCAUCCAACGUAUAACUCACAAAGCGCUGAUUUUGUCGAACGUUGUUUGUUGCAGUAAUGGCGGUAAACAUCCCGGGUCGACAAUGUUCUGUGGGCACGACGUUCGGAAGGUGGAAUUCAUCCACGAACCAGUCGCGGACAGUGGAGGUGAAGACCAUUUCACUGUAAAAGAGUGUCAGCUAUACAGGGAGACGGCCACAUGGGAUGAUGAUGAUAAAGAGGAGCACAUCAAAUUUGUGGUCAUCAAUGAGUUUCAUGAAAAGUUUGGGCCGGCUGUUUUAGAAAUUCAGAAGCAGCAUGUGAUUGGUGUGGGAGCUGAGGGAGUUGAAGCAUUUAAGCAAGGGAGAAUGUGUUGGUUACAGAUUGCAACUGAAAACAAGGUAUACCUCUUUGAUAUGCUGUUACUUGGAGCCCAGGCAUUUAAGAAUGGUCUCUCUAUGAUCCUGGAAGAUAACCGCAUACUAAAGGUCAUUCAUGACUGCAGAGCCAUUGCUGGAUAUCUGAUUUCUCAGUUUGGAAUAAAGUUAACCAACAUCUUUGACACACAGGUGGCAGAUGUCGUAUGCUUUCAUUCGGAGACAGGAGGGUUUCUUCCCAAUAGAGUUGGUACUCUUGAGCAGGUUGUGAGGCUCCGUCUGAAGGUGCCGUCCUCCCAGCUCUUAUUCCUUCAGAUGAAGUCCCAGCUCACCAAGGAGGAAAGGAAGGUGUGGUACAAGCGUCCGUGUCCUGUACCUCUGCUGAAGGUGUUGGCUCUGUCAGUAGUCCACCUGAGGCCUCUCAGGCAGGUGCUGCUACACACCUUCAUGUCAGAUUACAUGGCCCUGGUGGAUUCAUACCUCAGCAGCAGCUACUACGAACCCGAUGAACUGGAGCAAAUAAACAUGGAGAGUGUGUUGGAGUUGCCCAGAGAGUUGAGGCAGCUCAAACAAAUGCAUCAAGAGCGGAAGAAGUUGGCUGCAGGUCACUACCCUGUCACAGAGCAGGGUCUGCUUUCUCGUUUCAACCCUCAGUCUCCAUCCCUGACCUCUCCUGCAGCAGAGGAGCAGACCCAGACCCAGACCCAGGAAGGCUCCUUUCCAUCUGCAAUUGUAGAAUCACUUUCAUCCGGACAAGUGGGCCUUCACCAGCCAGAGAGAAGUGUUACGCCGACUCCCCAGAUCCAGUUCUCUUCACUCAGUCGGUCAUUCAGGUCUUUCAGAUAUUAAAAGAAGUGUCACAAAGCCUAUAUAGAAUAGAUGGGACUGCCUUACAAAUUUUUCAGAUAUGUUGUUCUCCUAGAGUGACCAGUAGAUGGUAGCACAUUUUUUGUCCUGUGUUAAGGUUUGUUUAAUACCAGGUGCUUAAGAAAAUACAUUCAUGCUUGUUGAAAAAUAUUUUUUUGUUUUUAGGACAUGGUAUGCAAGUUUAUCUAAAUGUAUUUGCAUUAGACAAAUGUUGCCUUUGUGUUGUAUUUUAUGAGCAUUUUGCAUGUGCAUCUUUUUGAAUUUGGUUUUGAUUCAGUGGUAAUUGAUUGAUGUUAACAGUUUCCCUUUGGGGUCAAUUAUCUAUCAAUUUUUGUCUAAUAUAUUCAUAUAUGUAAAGGCAAAACUCCCAAGUGUUUGUCAUUGAUUAUUAUCAUACCAAAGGUUAUUAUACUGUGUCAGUGCCUCAAAGUGCCAAUAAAUAAUGCCUUUGAUUGGUGGAAAACAAACUACAACCAUAAACAAAUCCACAUGCCCAUUAAGCCAUCAUGUGCUAACCU